UAUAUAUUGAUUGUUGUGCUUUUAUUUAUGUCAAUGACAGAUUGACAAUAAAGUUGACUUUGACACACACACAGACACACACACACACAGUGUUUCUCAUGGGUGUGUGUGUUCUCACAGAGAGGUACAUGCAGCAGCUGUUUGGUUCUAACUCGGUCCGGAUGUCUUUGGAUCAGAAGGCGGUGCUGCUCGUCAGCAAAGUGAACGAGAGCCGGCGCCACGUGCCCCCCUUCACCACCUGUAAGGACCCCAGGAGCUGGAGGCCCUCGGCUCAGAGCAGCGCCCCCCCCCAGGAGGACAGUGAGGACGAGAGUGCAGAGGGGGAGACCCCGGAGGGGGGGAGGCACGACCCCGGCGGUGUGUCUCUGGACGUGUGUGUCUCCUCGGAAGACAAGCGUUACUUCCUCAGUGAGACGGACGACCUCUCCAACCUGGAGCUGAGCGUCCUGCAGAGCCCCAGAGACACCCAGCUGUGGAUCAAACUGGCCUUCAAGUACCUGCAGCAGAGCGAGGCGUGUGCAGCGGAGGGUCUGGAGGCCGCCCUCAACACGCUGUCCCGGGCCCUGGAGAGUAACUGCGGGGACCCCGAGGUGUGGAGCCACUACCUCAGCCUGUUCUCCAGGAGGGGCAGCAGGGACGAGCUGCAGCAGAUGUGUGAGAUGGCCGUGGAGCACGCGCCGCACUACAGGGUGUGGUGGGAGUUCCUGACGCUGGAGGGCUCCUUUGAGGGGAAGGACUUUGUGUGCGAGCGCCUGCUUCAGUUCCUGCUGAUGGAGGCGCCCCCCUCCUCCUCCCAGCUGAUGGAGGCACCCCCCUCCUCCUCUCUGCUGAUGGAGGCACCCCCCUCCUCCUCCCAGCUGAUGGAGGCGCCCCCCUCCUCCUCUCUGCUGAUGGAGGCACCCCCCUCCUCCUCUCUGCUGAUGGAGGCACCCCCCUCCUCUGACAGAGGCUCCUCCCCCUCCUCAGUCAGAGACUCCUCCCAGCUGAUGGAGACGCCCCCCUCCUCUGACAGAGACUCCUCCCAGCUGAUGGAGGCGCCCCCCUCCUCUGCCAGAGGCUCCUCCCCCUCCUCUGACAGAGGCUCCUCCUCCCAGCUGAUGGAGGCCCCCCCCUCCUCUGACAGAGGCUCCUCCCCCUCCUCUGACAGAGGCUCCUCCCCCUCCUCAGACAGAGACUCCUCCCAGCUGAUGGAGGCGCCCCCCUCCUCUGCCAGAGGCUCCUCCCCCUCCUCUGACAGAGGCUCCUCCUCCCAGCUGAUGGAGGCGCCCCCUUCCUCUGACAGAGGCUCCUCACCCUCCUCUGACAGAGGCUCCUUCCAGCUGAUGGAGGCGCCCCCCUCCUCUGACAGAGGCUCCUCCUCCCAGCUGAUGGAGGCGCCCCCCUCCUCUGACAGAGGCUCCUCCCCCUCCUCUGACAGAGGCUCCUUCCAGUUGAUGGAGGCGCCCCCCUCCUCUGACAGAGGCUCCUCCCCCUCCUCUGACAGAGGCUCCUUCCAGCUGAUGGAGGCGUUGCUGUAUCGGGUGCAGCUGCAUCUGUUCAGCGGGCGGGGGGGAAGCGCGCUGGCUCUGCUGCAGGGCGCCCUGAAGGCCCCUCAGCUCCGCAGCCUGUUGGACCACCUCUCCCCCUCGCACCGCGCUCUGCUCUGGCUCUGCUUCGUCCACCUGACGGAGUUCAGCCGGCUGCCGAGCCUCUUCCUGCCCGCUGAGUCCGGGCCGGGGCGGCUGGUCAGCACAGAGAGCUUCCUGAUGCCCUGGAGGACGCCUCGGGACAUCAGGACGCCCACACACACUCUGAUCCAGCUGUUCCAGGACGGCGUGCUGCAGUGCAGUGACGAGCGUCUGUCCGUCAGCGAGAGGAUGCUCGCCUGCCUUCCUCUGCACAACAACCUCCUCUUACUCUACCGCCUCCUGGAGAGGUAUGAUGAGGGCGUGGCCCUGUGUGAGGCGCUGCUGCUGGUGUGUCCUGACUCCGCCCCUCUGAGAGUCUCUCUGUCCGAGCUGCUGCUGCUGAGGGGCGACACCGAGGGGGGGGUCAACACCUGGCUGACCGCUCUGACAGAGAGCCCCCACAAUGCCGAGCUGCUGUACCACUGCUGCUGCUUCCUCAGAGCACAGGAGAGGUGCAGCGCCAUCGCUCCGCUGGUCCGAUGCUUCAUGCUGUCGCUGUGUGAGGAGCAGAAGAGCGUCAGGGAGCCCGUGGACGUCCUGCGACAGCUGCUGGGUUUCCCCAGCGAGGAGCUGCAGAGAGCUCCGAUCAUCACAGAUCUGCAGGAGCCGCUCCGCCAGCAGAGAGCCUACCUGCACCUCAUACACUGCUGCUGGCAGCGGCUGCACGGAUCAGUGGACGACACUGUGGACGCCUACGAGAGAGCGCUGGGGUCCGUCCUGCAGCGAGACCAGCUGCACACUCUGUGGAUGGAGUACCUGGAGUUCAGCUCUGUGUCCCUCAAUCGGUCCAAACGGUUCUCAAAUCUGAUCCAUCGCUGCCUCAGCACCGUCCCGUCCCGCUUGUGUGUCCCCUUCAACCCCGCUGAGUUCUGGAGCUGCUACACUUUCCACAACAAGGUGGUAACGCUCUACCUGCGCUGUCUGCCGAAAUCCCAGCAUGCUCUUGUUCUGGAGAGACUAAGAUACGCCAUGCCCAACAACACUGAACUGGGUCUGAGGUUGCUGCAUCAGGAGUGGCAGGAUGGAAACAUGGAGCACCUGAAGUUCCAGGUCCGGAUGCUGAGCAGCCAUUCUCCCAAGUGCCUCGCCUACUGGAACAUAGCGAUAGCUGUGGAGAAGGAGCUGAAGCUAACUUCUGAGGUGCGACGUCUGUAUCAUCAAGCUCUGACCAACCUUCCUCUGUGUGCUGAGCUGUGGAAAGAUCGCCUCCUGGCUGCAGCAGCUGAUGGAGACGGACCCGCCCGGCUGCGGCGGCUGCUCUCCAGGGUUCAGCAGGUGGGAGUGAGUCUCGGUCUCAGUGAGCGUCUCACUUUAGUGACCGAAGAUCAGUGACAUUAAAGAUUAAUAAGCUGUAGAUGAGUGAGAGCAGACCGAGGUAAGACGGAGCCCCCCCACCCCCCAACAGAGAGUCCACAUGUGUCUCAUCAUGGACGUAAGUAUAGACCUGCUGAGUGACCCGGUGAUGAAUCCAUGUUUCUGUUUCUGUCACUUUUCAUUUGGACCUCAUUCCCACCCUUUUUAUUUUACCUGAGCCCCCCCCCCCCACCCCCCACCCCCCCUCCUGUAGCAAUGCUGCAUCUGCACGUUGUCUUUUCUUUGUCUCCUGAGGAUACACAAGACUUUUAUUUUGAUAAAGAUCAAUAUGAAUAUUUUGAGAGGGACUGCCCGGCUGCAGGACUCGCGGCUCUGCUGGAUUGUUUUUUUCUUUUUCUCAAAGUUCUCUCAUGACAUGAUUAAAGAGUAUCCCAGCGGAGAGGAGAGGAGUCCUUCCACUGUUGUUUUUUAUAUGUUGGAUUUAAAUGUUAUUAAAUUAUUUUCUAAAUAUAAAAGAAA